AUGGGACGAAAAGCGGAGAAAUACGCGCUGGAGGCUAUUGUCAUGAUUGGCGAUCCAGUUACGGCGCGGAUCCCCAAUGCUAUCGCGAGGCAAGAAUGGCUGGUUUUACAACUACCUUCCGUGCAAUGGCUUUCUAACGAUGUGCAGGAUUUGCUCCGAAUUGUCCACACAGCCGAUUGGGACACUCCGGUAGUGAACGUUCGUGGUGAGCAUUUAUUCGCAAGUUGGAGAGCAGUGCUCAAUGAUGGGCAACGCACAACUCGUCCACUGUACUUAUUUGAUUAG